CCUCGUCAUCUUUUGUCAACCAAAAAGCACAGAGCCGGUAUAGAGAAACCAGAGGGAAGGAGAGAGAGUAUAAAUAUUAAUGGAGGGACUGAGAGAUUGUUAGGUGGCAAACAGUAGUCAUUUGCUUGGGGGUGUUGUUCGGCCACAACCGGAUCUCUCAUGGCCGCCUACUUCAUCCUCUGCAGACUACUCCUCCUGCUUCUCAUCAUUUUUUCAGAUUCAGCUGAAAUUGAUGGGGCUGGUGUUGGAAUAAAUUAUGGUCAGAUUGCAAACAAUCUUCCAUCUCCUUCUAGGGUCGCCAUCCUCCUUCAAUCACUGAAUAUCAGCAGAGUGAAACUGUACGAUGCAGAUCCUGAUGUCCUUUAUGCAUUCUCCAAUUCAAAUGUUGAUUUCAUCAUAGGACUAGGCAAUGAGUACCUUGAAAACAUGACUGAUCCUAUCAAAGCUCAAAAUUGGAUUCAACAGAGGGUUCAGCCCCACCUUCCCCAAACCAAAAUAACCUGUAUAACUGUAGGAAAUGAAGUGUUCAAUAGCAGUGACUCCAAUUUGGUCCGGAAUCUUUUACCUGCAAUGCAAACUGUCUAUGGUGCUCUUGUUAAUCUUGGACUUCAAAGACAAGUUACCGUCACAACCGCCCACUCCCUUACCAUCCUAAGUAACUCCUACCCUCCUUCUGCUGGUGCUUUUAGGUCAGAUCUUGCUGAAUAUCUGCAGCCACUUCUCAAUUUUCAUUCACAGAUCAAUUCCCCAUUCUUGAUCAAUGCAUAUCCCUACUUUGCAUACAAGGAAAACCCAAAUGAGGUGUCGCUAGACUAUGUCCUUUUCCAACCUAACCAAGGGACUACAGAUCCAAAUACCAAUCUGCACUAUGAUAACAUGUUGUAUGCUCAGAUUGAUGCUGUUUAUUCUGCAAUAAAAGCUAUGGGGCAUACGGAUAUUGAUGUAAGAAUUUCGGAGACUGGAUGGCCAUCUCGCGGAGAUUCUAAUGAGGCUGGUGCAACACCAGAAAAUGCAGGUCUAUAUAACGGAAAUCUGUUGCGCAGAAUAGAAGAAAGGCAAGGCACUCCUGCAAGACCAGCAGUACCCGUUGACAUACAUGUUUUUGCACUUUUUAACGAAAAUUUAAAGCCUGGUCCUGCCUCAGAGAGGAACUAUGGCCUCUAUUAUCCUGACGGUACCCCAGUAUACAACAUAGGAUUGCAGGGUUAUCUUCCAGAGUUAGCAUAUGCAUCCAGUAUAAAUGUCUUGCCUAACUUUGCCGUUCUGAUCUUCGCUUUAGUAUGCUUACUGCUCUUUAUAGAUUGAACUCACCUAGAGAUCAAGCACAAGGGUGCAGGAGGAGACACUAAUGAAUCCUGAACAUCACUCAAAUUGGCAAUGCAGAAGUUAUAGGAGAGCUUUAAUUUUUGGUUAUUAUAUUGAAGAAACAUCAGCAGUAUGAGUAGAUGGAGGCAUAUGUCUACUUUGAGCAGGAUCAUCAAAUUAGGAGAUAAUUACUUCUCUCGUGGUUCAUCUAAGUUAGUUUGCCUACGAUCCAAUUUAUAUUUCAUUCCUACAUAAUUCUUAUACCUAAGUUUAUGUUAGUUUUCACAUAAAGAAUUAAAAUAUGAUUUGGGUAUUUAAUUUCACCUUACCCUAUCUUGAAUUCUUCGGCAGAAGUUAAAAAAUAAUUCAGGGUGGAGAUAAAAGGUGAGAUCAAGUACAAAACAUGUUUUAAUUCUCUAUGUUAAACUAAUAUGAAAAUUAGGUAUAGAAAUUAAGUGGAAAUAGAAUAAAGAACAACAAUGCAGUGGGUUAAAUAUAUAAAAUUAAUAAAGAUCGAUUCUGUUAGUACUAAGGACAAAAACCACCCAAUAUAAUUGACUAUGUAUAUAUAUAUAUAUAUAUAUAUAUAUAGAGAGAGAGAGAGAGAGAGAGAGAAAUUCUUUAACAAAAAAUGAAUAAUAAUAGCGUUUCUGUUUUGGGUAGAUAUUCACUGUGAUUUAGGAUUCUGUUUAUUUGAAUGUUAUGUAUUUUAUUAUUUAUUUUUACUGUUCUUGUUGGUUUCAAAUGGACGAUAUGCGCUUCUUGAUUAAAGACCUCAAA